CCAAGCAACUGAAACAUGUACCAACAUCCUUCACAUUCUUCUCCUUUUGCUUGCUCUGUCUUCUUUUCAAUUUUCAAAGCAAUUUAAUUCUCACUUACAAUGACAGAUAAUUGUACGUAAAUAAGCCACCUUUUCAUUUUCGUCCAGGAUAGAAUCAUUUUUUACAUACAAGCGAUGUCCGACGCUCCAUUUCCAUCGGCCCUCAACAAGCCACCCGGAUACAAUGACCCUAACUCGCCCGCUGGGUUUAAACCGCCGCCGCGAAAGCCGGUUCUUCCGCCAUCUUUCCGGCCCAAGAAAAAGAAGGGCAGUGUUUGUUGCUGCUGUUUUUGCAUCUCUUUCUCGAUCUUGAUUGCCCUGAUCAUCAUCUUCGCCGCCGUUUUCUACUUUUCGGUCAACCCCAAAUUACCACGCUUCCACGUCCGGUCAUUCCAAAUCCCCCGCUUCAACGUCACAGAAACACCCGACGGUACCUACCUCGAUUCCACGACGAUGACGGUAAUGGAAGUGAGGAAUCCCAACGGGAAGAUGACUUAUUAUUACGGCGAUACGGCGGUCGACAUCAGCGUCGGAGAAGGCAAGGACGAGACUGAGCUCGGGACGGCGAAGGUGCCCAAGUUCACGUCGAGGACACAAAACACGACUAGCUUGAAAGUGGAGACGAAGGCGAGCAACAAGCAGGUGGAUAAUACGUUGGCGAAUAGGCUUCUGAGUGGGUACAAAUCGAAGAGUUUGGCGGUGAACGUGGCGGCUCGGACGAAAGUUGGAGUGGGUGUGGCGGGGUUGAAGACUGGCAUGUUGGGGGUUACCGUUAAGUGUAAAGGAAUCACCAUGAAACAACUCGACGGUGAUGAUAUGCCUAACUGCCUCAUCCACACCUUAAGAUGGAUCAAAGUUGGUUGAUACUGGAUGAGAGGAGGUAUUUUGUUUGAAUCAUUGUAUACGUAUCUGCUUAGCUUUGUUUUCUUUAUAUGUCUCCAUUUCUGCAACUUUUGCCCUUUUUUACUUCUUUAUUUGUUCAAUUUGGAAUAAAAACAUCCAAACCACCCCUCUUUGUUGCAAAGGUUUCGAUAUAUAAUUAAAUGUUUACUGAUAACAAUUCAUCCAAACAUAUUUUGCAAAAGCAAUUUUUAACCAAACCCACCCUCGGCCUUUAAAAUCAGCGGAACAGUCGAAGACUUCAGUUUUCUUCUAAAAUCGAUGAUUAUCGUAUCCAAAUAUAUAAAUAUACAUAUAUCUGGGUAUGCUUUUUUUCUUUUCAAUUAUCAUAUAUUUGAAAGUACGAAAUAUAGGAAAAUUGAAAAAUGAAGAUUUCAACAUUCACUCCUUUCUCAAGACAUCCAAGUAAGAUAUGUUUUGUUCUUUCACACAUCACAUACAGUCUAAAUCCCUUUUCAAGGCAUUAAAAAUUUCAUCUUAUUAUUAUUAUUUAAAGGUUCUCAAUACCCUUUUCCUUAAAACACAUUAUCUAAUUUCUCCUUAAUGUACAUUAACCUUUUUGUUUUUUUCAGGGCUUUCUCAGCACUCUGAUUUUUAAAUAAAAAAUUACAUCAGUUCUGCCAUGAGAGAGCUAGCUUACAGUGUCCCAAACAUAGUUUCAAUCCCCUAACAAACACCUACUAUUUCAUCCUUCUGCUAACUGUUAGCAGUAGUUUUGGGCUUGUAAAUGAUACCAAAAGCUACACGGUUUUGUCCGAUUUAAAUAUGUCAAAAAUAACUCAGGUGUAAACUGUGGCUACUUACUCAGCUGGCAGCCACAGCAUCAGUUCUUGGACUCGCAUCCAAGAGCUGAUGCAGCUUGGCACCGGAUUUUUUCUCAUACAUUUCACCCUCUUUGUCCUCGUUUUUGUUCGUAAUGUUUUCCUGUGUAUGUCCUAGUUGAGCGUUUUUGAGUCCCUCCUGCAUUACAGAAGAGUUUAAACAAGUUAUUACAAGAAAAAGUUGAGAUGGGGAUAGAGCGGGCGUGUGGCAAAUCAACAUCGAAAAAGUUGACAAGGAAGAUUAAAGAGCAUACCACUAAUGUAGCAUUUUCUAGCCUUAGUUUCUCCGAUUUUUCAGUUAGUUGAUUUAUUUCAGAUCUGAGUGUUGCAUUCUCUGCAGUCAAGGAUUCAACUUUACGGGCAAGCUCUUCCGUCUCAGCCUACAAAAGAAGAAGAAUAUGUCGUUCGGUAAAAAAGCUCAAAGAAGUCAUUUUUUUAAGUUUUUAAGCAUGCGAUAAGCAAAGAUGUAAUACAUAUAUAUUAUACCUGCUUCCUCAA